AUGAUCGUUGCCAUCGCGCCAUAUAAGGCAGCCGAAAUCAGGUAUGGCAUACUCAGCCAGGCACCACCCAAGUCUAUUCCCCAGCGGAAGGCCCACGACAUCACUGGUCCAGCUAAGAGUGAGCCGAGAGUAUCCAUCAGGGCCAAGGCGCUGUACAAUGUGCCUAUCAUUGUUGGUUCCGUCAAGGAACUGAUCAGGCUUCGGGCAAAAGUCCCGAAUCCUGACCCUAUGGUAUAA